AUCACCACACGGCCUUCACACGACUUUUAAUUUCCUUUUGCCAACUGCAACAACGUACAACCCCGCCUCUCGGCGUCCGUCGGCCGCUGGCUGCACCCUCCGCGCUGCCGUUGCCAUCGAGUAGUGCCAGCAGCGCUAGCUCCACGUCCCUCUCCGAGGCUUUUAAUUUGCUUUCCCUCCCUCCCUCCCUCCUCCAUCAACUGUACCCGUCUCCGUCCAACUCCCCCGGCCAUCCAUCCAGAUUCCAGAGCUAGUAUAGAGAAAUCAGAAAUGGACUACCCCUCAGGGCCCGUUGGCUCCCCACGGAGAUAUCCACAACCGAACAAGCCAGUAUCGCACAACUUCCCGCCGGCGCCAUCGGCGACCUCGAGCGUCCCGAUGGUGGUGAUCGUGACCGUGGUGGGCAUCCUCUCGGCGUUCGUGCUGCUCGCGAGCUACUGCGCGUUCGUCACCAAGUGCCAGCUGCUCCGCCUGGUCCUUUCCCGGGUCGGCGCCAGGCACGGCGCCGGCGAGCCGCCGUCGUCGUCAGUGAUCGUCCGCGACGGCGUGGCCAGCGAGGAGGAGCAGCGGCAGCAAAUGGGCCUCGGGCUGCCGCUCAUCCGCAUGCUCCCCGUCGUCAAGUUCACGGCCGACGCACGAGGGAGGAAGCUAUCGGUGUCUUCGGAGUGCGGCGUGUGCCUGAGCGAGUUCGAGGAGAUGGAGCGGGUGCGGCUGCUGCCGGCAUGCUCCCACGCGUUCCACAUCGACUGCAUCGACACGUGGCUGCAGGGCAGCGCCCGCUGCCCCUUCUGCCGCGCGGACGUCACCGUGCCGCCAUUGCCGGUGCCGGUGCCGGCCGGACGACACGGCCGGGACGACGACGGUCAGCAGCUCGGCGAGAGGGACAGCGUCGUGGUGGAGGUGAGAUCAGGGGAGCAGGAGAGCCGGGGGCGUAAGAGCAAGAAGAAGGAGAGCGUGGGCGACGAGGCGGUGGACACGAGGAGCUGGAAGAAGGAGGAGGAGGAGGAGGAGUUCGCGGUGCAGCCGGCCGUGCGGAGGUCGCUGUCCAUGAACUCCGCCACCUGCGGCGACAGGCUCUGCGUGUCCGUCGUCCGGGAAUUCCUCGCGGCGCAGAGGCAAGUGUGCGAUCAAUAGUACAUUUCAUAGUAUCUUCGAUCGAAUCGACACGUAUCCCCGGAUCAACCGUACGGGAUACGUACGGCCGGUGCUGUAAGAGAGAUGGAUAGGGUAGAGAGAGGAGAGGCAAUGGCAUGGCUCUCGGUCUGUAAUUGUUUUUUAGACACUAAUACUGUUGGGUAAGUACGCAUCCGGGCGCAGGAGCAGCCAUCAGUGCGUUGCACGUC